AUGAGGUUUGCCUCUCAAUUAAUGUGCUUUCCCGUGGGCGCGGGCUGCCAGAGCAAGACGCCCGCCGGACGCCACACCGACGCGAUGGGUGACGAGCAAGUGCCCGAGCAGGGCCUGGACAGGUUCAGUUAUGACUAUGAGACCAUCCGCAACGGGGGCCUGAUCUUUGCUGUUGUGGCUUUUGUCAUCGGGCUCCUCGUCAUCCUCAGCCAGCGGUUCCACUGCGGGGGGAAGAAGAAGAGGAGACAAGGAAAGGAGGAGGACCUGUAGCUGCAGAGCCGCCAUGGAACCAGAACUUCAUCCAAAGCAGAGAAGUCCUUGCCAAGGGCCACCCCUUGCCCCGCUCCAGUGGAUCCAUUACCCCGCUAACCCCAGGCCGGGCCAGAACGCAAAUUGCCCACGUGCUUUCCCCUCGGUUAGAUCCAGCAAGAGUUUCUUGGCUAAUAAAGUUCAAGCUGAGAGGUUAAA